CCCCCAAUCCUUACUGAUUUCUUGCUUCCUGUCUUGUUUUGCGCUUGUUUUUGUUUGCCACUGGAACAUUUAUUCGAAACACUUCGCGCUUUUUUUUCCUUUACUUUUUGUUUUAUUUGCUCUUUUUAUAUAAUGCGGUUGUUUUCCCUACAUUCAUCGCAAAACGCGCUUUGUUCCGAUUUAGUUUUCUCCAACAGCAUCCUGCUGGUGUUUGUUUCUUUGCUGCUUGCGGUGAAUAUGGAUUGAAUUAUUUUCUUUUCCCAAAAUAAACCGUAUAAAUGCACCUGCCGUCGAAGAGAUACUCCGCGUUUGAAAUCGAAGAGCAGGCGUGUGUGCCCUGGGUGCAGCCUGGCCUGUGCUGUGGAGGCAAUGAAGAACCCAGGAGCCGCCGAGAGCCGUCGGCUGGUCGGCCUGCUGGAGGCCGCCCUGGUCAGAGAGGCUCGCCUCUGGAAGGUACCUGUGUUCAAGAACGGAUGCAUCCAGGGCGCUGACAUCUCUUCAUCCCAGCACCAAGAAAUGAUCCUUUGGCUCAGAGACAUGAGCAGGCUGUUUCAGUUCUGUCCAGAGACCUUUGCACUGGGAGUCUGUGUCCUCAACCGCCUGCUGUCCACUGUCAAGGCCCAACGAAAAUACCUGAAAUGCAUAGCUUUUACCUCACUGGUUCUGGCUGCCAAAAUCAAUGAGGAAGAUGAGGUAAUAGGUUCUGUUAAGGACCUGGUUGUGCAGAGCGGAUGCAACUUUUCAACAGCGGAGAUUCUUCGCAUGGAGAGGAUCAUUCUAGACAAGCUGCACUGGGAUUUGUACACCGCAACACCAGUCGACUUCAUUCACAUAUUCCACGCCCUGCUCGUCUCCGGCCAUCCCCACCUCAUUCCGUCCAUCGGGCUCGGCUGGGACUCUGCAACGGACCCCGGCACACUUCCUGCUGGGCCGGGGCAUCAGAAGAGUCCUCCGGGCCUCCAGGUGGCGUUGUGGACCAGGCAGGUGCAGCACUGUAUGGCCUGCCACCAGCUUUGGCAGUUCAAGGGCUCCACAUUGGCCUUGGCCAUCAUCACUUUGGAGCUGGAGGCGCUCACGCCUGACUGGUUCUCCGUCUUCACUGACCUGCUGAAGAAAGCACAAGUUGAUAGUGCCGAGUUCAUUCACUGCAAAGAGAUGGUGGACGAGUACCUCCACAGCCUGGAGUUCUCCCUGCCGGCCAACGCCGUCUACAUCUUCGACGGCGCCCGGAUCCAGGAGGAGGAGCAGCGAGCCUGGAGCCCCACGCAACACCUCAGGCAAGCCAGGAGGGGCCGGGGCGGCGGAGAGCAGGGCGACUCGGACGAGUAUUACGACGGUUUUCGGUGUUUGUAUAACGAGGAGACGAACCCGGGUCCAGAGGGAAGCGAUGCUGGGGGUUUGUUUGAUUCCAAGCAGAAAGACGUCUCUCCCUGUCCGCCUCUGCACCCAGCUGUCAACUAGUAGGACGUUUUUUCACACCAUCCGUCUCUUUACAAGUACACAGUGCGACUGUUCAGCACAUUUUAGAGCCUCAAUCAUCAUGCGCUGAGGUACCUGAUGUUUCUCAUCUGUUGAAUUAUUGAGGAACUGAUUUAAAAGAUGUGAAAAAAUAAAAGGUAGAAAGUCUUUCUUUACAGCUUGGCUAAGGUCAAGUUAAGUAACGGUUUUAGUUGCUUCUUCUGUGCACUCGCCGUCGAGCAAAUGUGAAUCUGGAGGUGUUCGUGGAUCAGUGUACGAGUUCACCUCUUAUUCUGAUGCCAUAAUGCGUUCUCUGCGUUGACAGCUGGGCAGUUGAGGAGAAAUUGCGGGGAAUCUUGGAGCCCGACUGAUCUGAAAUCUGAAUGUUUCUCUUUGGUGCAGAGUUACUGGUCCAUUUAAGUUCUCUACCUGUUAUUAAUGCCACAUUUUUUUUCUACUUCUUAACCUUCCUGUCCUUUAUAUCCACCACAGAUAGUUUUGUUUUACAAGUUGGAGGUACUGGAUAAGACCUAGGCAGUUGUGUGUGUUUUAUUUUAAGUGUGGUUGAGGCCAAGAGCUGUUUUUUUAUGUUUGAGAGUUGAUCCUGGUUUUGUUUGUUGUGAGGCAUGUUAGUGCUCAGGUUCACCCCAGAGCCAGAAAGCACUUUGAGAAAAAGACAAGCUUUUUUUUUUUAUAAUGCAAAUUAUUAUAUUUUUUCACAUCUUUUUUUUUUUUUAUUAUUUUAAUCCUUUACUUACUUGUACUAAAACAUCUCUAUGAUGUGUUAAGUGUUUAUUUACCAAAAGCUACAUUUCACCCCAAAAAAAGCUUUAAUUUCAUGACUAAAUGCUGCAAAUGUUUUUAUUUCUUUAAUCCUUCAGCCUGUAUUGAGUUUAGUUUAUGCAACUGUUAUUACAUAUCAAACACGAGCACCUUUCUGGGAGAUUAGUUCAACACUAGGGCAAAAUGACAAAAAAAAUCGGAUCUGAUUAGUGAUCCAGCAUCAAUGUUCUCGUUUAAAUUUUCUAUAUAUACAUAUAUUUUUCUUAUUAAGACAUUCUUAAUGAGAACACCAAUAACCACACUCAAAAUUUUGUCACAUUCUCGAUAUUGAAGUGUUCGGAUAAGAGCAUUCUGUUUUAUUUUGUAAAUAUAACCCAGCUUUGUCACGUUACUGACACAUUUUAGUUUUAAACUUUAUAUAAUGUCGGUUGAUACAUGAACAUGCAGAGCGUUCACAAGGGCUUUACCUCCACUGCCGAACAGUUGAAGCCUAAAGACAUAGAACAGACUUUGAUCUUCAUUCUUUGGCUUUAGGCUGCUGAAAUAGUUUACUGUGUUCGGAGGGAAGCCAGCACUGUCGUCUUUAAUGUGAACUGGUUACUGUCCAUUUUCUCAACUGUAAAGUCUGGGUGGAUGCUACACCAACCAGUGACCAAUGUAAAGGUUUUUUUUUUUCUUUUUCAUAUUCCUCCAGAUACUGAGGCAGCUAUAUCUUACUGUUUUGUCAACCACAGAAAUAAAGCUAUGACUUCAAAAGUC